AUGGCUUCGCUUUCAGCAUAAAGACCUCAGAAAAAACAAAACUUGUCUUCACAGCAGGAGCUGUAGAAUUAACCUAGUAGGUCACAAUCAUCUAACAAUAGACCGUAAAAAUAGGAUCCUAUUGUUAAUUAGGAAGUAUCGUUUUAGCAAAAAGACUAAUUUGUCUCCUAACAAAAAAGUCUCCAGAAAGAUGAUAUAAUUUCAAAUAAAGUCUCUCUGUAGAACAAUAAUAGCAUCUAACAAUAAUCUGUAUAAAAUAACUUCCUUAGAUAAGAUGAAGUUCUAUAGUUAUCAAAAAAUUAGCAACCACCUAAGAUACUAGUUGAGGCUGUUGAAAAAUGUAGCAAUCUUAUUAAUAGCAUUGAAGAGCGUAUAGGCAAAAUGAAGGGAGUAAUAGAAAUGAAAUCCAAACUAUAACAAUUGAGUGAAACUCUUAAAAAAGCAUAAAAUCAAAAUUUUACAUCAAGUGUACCUUUAUAGUCUCCAGCUUUUCUUAACACAGUAGCUGAGAUCACUGAGAAUUUAGACUUGGUAGACUACCAAACAUUGAAAUAUAGGAAAACCAAUGCAAUUAAGAAGAAGAUGAUAGAAGGUGAUGUGAGGCAAAAACUUAAGGGAUUGAGAUUUAAUAUCGCAUUCCUUGAUAAAAUGAUUGAUGCUCUAUUCUUGAAUAGUAUCAAUCCAGUAAGACAGAUAUCAAAUGAGGAUAAGAAAGAAAUUAUUAUACACUAAGGUGGGCUUAGUUCUAUGUUUAGUUAAUAAGCAAUGCUGAAUCAAAUGGAAGAGGAAAACAAGCAGUAAAAGCUAAGCAUGCAAGCUGAAAACUUCUGUUUCUAGGCAGAUUGCAUGUUCUUUGGAUUUGGAUUGAUUGAAAAUGUUGAGGCAGCUCUUGACUUGUACAUAAAAAGUGCACAGCUUGGUAAUCCUAAAGCAAUGAUGGCUUUGGGCAGAAUAUAUGAACACGGAAUAGGGACAAAAAUAGACUUAUCUAAAGCAUAUUCAUAUUAUGAUGCAGCUGCAAGUUUAAAUGAGCCAUAUGCUCUCUAUUGGCUUGGAAAGUAAUGCGAGACAGGAGAAGUUCCUGAAAUGAAAGGAAUUCCAAAUAUGGCACUUGCUCAUUCAUUUUACAAAAAAGCCGCAGAAAAAGAGUGCAAGGAAGCUUUCUACAAAUUAGGGUACUUCUAUCAAUACGGCAUAGAAAAUGAGAAGAAUCUCUAAUUAGCGAUCAGGAAGUAUGAGGAGGGGGCAGCAUCUGAUUACAGCUAGGCAUUUGAGUGGUUUAAAAAAUCUGCAGAGAGAGGAUACUAUAGAGCAUUGAAUAAUUUAGGCAUAUGCUAUGAACUAGGAUAAGGAGUUGAAACUGAUAUGGACAUGGCUCUUUAGUUAUACAAGGAAAGCGCCUAGAAAGGAUUUUUGUAUAAGGAAGCUGCGAAUAUACUAAUGGAUGUAAUUCAAAAAGAUCAUAACUCGUCAGAAUGCUAUUUCAAUCUAGGUCAACUGUUUGAAAAUGGACUAGGUGUAGAUAGAGAUUACUCAACUGCUUUCAGAUACUAUAAAAAGGCAUCAGUUUUGAAUCAUUCAAAGUCCUUCACAAAAUGUGGGGAUUUAAUAUACUCAGGGAAAGGUUGUGGUAGAAGAGACAAAACAGAAGCUUUCAAAUGCUAUUCAAAAGGAGCUCAACUUGCUGAUCCUGAUGCUUUCAAUAAUCUUGGAUUAAUGCUUGAAAAUGGUUUCGAUGAAAGAGUAGCAGAUCAUGAAUUAGCUAUAGAAAUGUACAAGAAAGCUCUCAAGCUUGGUAACUCAGACUCAGCCAUAAACAUUGCUUUAAUCUAUCUUAAUGUAUAAUAUCAUUCAUUAUUUAUUAAUGGAUAGGGAGUAUGGGUUGAAAAGGAUGUUAAUCAAGCAAAAGUUUUACUAAAACAAGCAUUCAAACAGGGCAAUGAAAAAGCAGCAGAAUAUAUGAUAUCAUUUGGUCUUAUUAAAAGUAGGAAAGACCUCGAGUAGGAAAUGCAAUUGCCAGAUGAAGAAGUAAUCUCAAAUAUUGCACUCUCUUCGAAUGGGUUUAAUUAAGUAAAUAUCAAUCUCAAUAACAACUAAAACAACAACAACAACAAUCUGCAGACAUUCUAGUCUAAGAGGACAAUAUAGGUUGAUGAAAAUAGGUCAAACGUAUUUAACAGUAUAAGCAUUCCUUGGGGCAAGAAUUCAGCUGAUGAAAAUCAACCACCUUAAAGAAGCUCCCUUAGAUCAAUCAAUAAUAACAGUUCUAAAAAUGCAACAGUUACUAAUAAUUAUGGAGGAGGAAGUGCUAAUUAGACGUCUUAAAAUUUUGCAAACGCCUCCUCUAAGAGAUUUUACUAUUAUAAUUGA